GAUCCAUUGUUGCUGGAAGACCAAUCCAUCCGGCCGUGCGGAUACAUCCUCCUGCGGUGCGUGUGUACGUCGCACUCCUUUCCCCUCGGCGUGGAUCUCGGCACGGCACGGAAUUUCGCCUUUUCACUCCGGUACCAACUCCGUUUGUGGUGCUCUUAAGGGCGUGCGAUGAGGCACACAAAAAGGACACGGGUUCCAUGGCUGCGAGCAAAGCGGGCAUCCGGUCGUGAUCGCGAGGCAACGACCAGGCCCCACACAGUUUCCAGAAACCAGUCUUGCAGUGACUCGUACCCGUAGCAUAAUAGCACUCGUAUCGUGCCAUAUUCGGUCCUCGUAGCAGACGUACCCGAACUUUGUCAACUGCGAGAGACAACAGUGCUGAGCAUAUGAAUGCGCCAAACAAAGGAGUACGAGGAACAAACCUUGUGCCGGACUUCAGUUUUCUUACGAAGAAAAACCCGAGUGCUGUUGGAUCCUACAGUAAUCCUACCGGUACGGUCAUACGAGGUACAACUACUCGUGUAGGUACGUUUUACGAACAACGAAGUUCAAUCCAUUGAAGAACGUAUCUUUGUAUGUUUUUCGGAAAUCAACCAAUGGGAGUACAGUAAGAGAUAAAGGAAGAGCGAGCACAUCACGCAUGCCGCUUGCUAGUGUCAGAUUUAAAACAGCAUGAUACGAAAGAGAAACAUCAUGAUCAUUAUGAAAGAGAAAUACAUCGAUAUAAAGCCCUCUUUCCAAGAGAGACUUACGGUUUCUUACAGUAAGAAAAAAAAAAAUUGAGGUAUUGUUUUUAAAAAAUUCGGUACUGUAAGUGUUCGUUAAGUACCAUGUCACAACUGACAAAGAAGAACCAAUUGACAAAACUUUAUUAUUGGUAGUAUUUUCGUAAUUAAACAACCCCAACCCAAGAACUCAAUUUUGUCAAUGACUGCCUGCCAUGCACUUCGAAAAAAUAAUGUCACCCGAGCUGUACCGUAUUUGUAAAACAUCGGAACACAACGCAAGCCAGAUCCGACGCUCGACAACCAAGACAAAACUUUACUAUUGGUAGUACGAUACUUGUUCAAUAAAAGAUCGCAACCCAAGAACUCAAUCUUUGUCAAUGACUGCAUGCCAUGCAUUUCGAAAAAAAUGAUAUCACCUAAGCUGUACCGUAUUUGUAAAACAUCGGAACACAACGCAAGCCAGAUCCGACGCUCGACAACCGAGACAAAACUUUACUAUUGGUAGUACGAUACUUGUUCAAUAAAAGAUCGCAACCCAAGAACUCAAUGACUGCAUGCCAUGCAUUUCGAAAAAAUGAUAUCACCUGAGCUGUAUGUAUCAAAGAUCGGAACAUCGAAAAAUGAUAUCACGUGAGCUGUAUGCGUCAAAGAUCAGAACACAACGCGAGGCAGAUCCAACGCUCGACAACCUAGCUCUCGGAUCGCUUGCUCUUUCUGCCCAUUUGACUUCUCACAAAUACAAACGGUACUCGAUACUCGAAGCACCCUAGAAUUUUGAUACAGAUUAAGUUCGGCGUUUACGGUAGGUUUGUUUUCUUUCCGUAUUGUUUGAGUCUAGAGCAGCGCCGUUAGAACAGGAGCUGCGUACGGGAUUGCGAGCCAGCAACCAGCAGUUGCACACAGCGAAAUCAUUUGUUUCGAACUGUUCGUUGUUGCAGCUCUCCACCUCCCCCCCAUCAAAGAACAACCCAUCCAUUGAUAACUGUUUGUCUUCGGAUGAUCACAACCCACAUGCUUCUCCUCCCAAAUCUAAUUCAUCUCGUUGCUUGUUGCUCUAUCCUGUUUCGAUCAUCGGUCGGAAACGCAAUCUUCGAUCCUUCAUGGCCAACCACCGACACCAAUAUCCACCACUACCACUACCGCGACAAAAAUCGAACACCUGCAAACGCGCCCUGUGACACACGAAACAAUACAAACACCAGCAUUGACACCAGGAUGAAGAACAGCUCCCGCACCAUCGAAAAUGAUCCCGAGGCGAAGUACGUUUGGGAUUCUUUGCCGUUGGAAGAACCGGACGUGGAUCCCGAACAGCCGAUGAGCGAUGCCCUUUCGGAUCCCGAACAGCCGAUGACGGGCGAUGCCUUUUCGUUGCAAGAAGCGGAUGACAAUCCGAAGGGCAACGAGGAAACCGAAUCCAAAAGCGUGGGUGGCAAUGGAGCAUCCCUGGGCCACCACGGGGCUGGGGACGAAGAACAAAACAUGCCCGCCGAUAUCAUCGUGGAUGAUCCUUUGUCACAGAAAGGCGAGGAAGAAAACCAUCCCACGGAUGCAUCCGACGAAACCAAGGAGAGCAAGGCGAACGAUGGGGAAACCGACAACGAAUCCAAAACUCACGAAGAGACGGAGUCAGAAAGUGCGUUUUCUGGAAACAAUUUGACCGAGUGCAACGAUACGUAUCCAAGAGACUGUUACUCUUUCAUGUCACUUCAUGGUCCUGAUCGCAAUCCCAUCUUCUUUAGCUAUGGGAUGGUGGUCUUCGUGUUCCAGAUGUCAUUGCUUGUGCUCAUGGUGAUCAGUGCCCUCGAUACCAAAUGGAGCAACAAGUUGGAUUCAGAUAAUCCAGACAAUAGUGCCAUUGGAAUGAUCAUUCCUGCAAAUGCGAGUCCUUAUGUCAAGGCAACACAAAUUAUUUCAAUUUUGUGCUACGUAUCAUUUGCAAAGUUCAGUGUGAUGGAUGUCGUUAAUGCAGUCCAGACUUUUCCGGUGGGGCAAGGCGCAACUAAAUUUAUGGUGUUCUCUUGUUUUGCUCGUGGGUUGCAAGGAUUCAUUGCAAUGCUAGCGACACUCCUGCUUAUUCUAAUCUCAGACAGCGUGAUUGACAUUGUCCUAAAUUUUACAGCAGUUGUGAGUGCACUGAAAACAUGUUGAAAGCUCGAGACAAUGAUUCAGUCACUUUUGUCCUUACCGCUUUGAUUUCAUUCUUUCUUUCCUCUUCACAGAACUUCAUCAGUGAAUUGGACAAUGUUGCGUUUGAUUUGGCCCGGAAGGGGAAAUAUGGACGAAGACUUGAAGAUGAAGCAAAGCGCAUUGAAACACUGGUUCUUCCGCCUUGUAUGUCUCGAUGCGACAAGAUGAAAAGAUUCCUCUUUGCAGUAGGAGUAUCCGGUGUUAUCCUUCUUUCAAUGGCAGGUGCCGUUAUACAUGCUCAAGACAGUAAGAAAACAUGGUUGACGCAAACAUUUCGAGUGGACUUCCGAGAUGAAAAGCUACAAGAUUACAGUGGAUGCUAUGAAUUGGAGGAAAGAGCGACCAUAUCAAACAAUGGAUACAACAGAAAUAUCUACCAGAAGGUUCAGAAGGAUAGUUUGGACAUUUUUCAUMAGUUUGGAUACUGCAUAGAGGAWCGUCGUUGGAUCCUAUUCAUUGUMGAGAAASACGUAGCGGGUGAUGUWACAUAUGAUCCUUGURCUKYYGAAAGGAUUGCGUAUUCGACGAGGAUGCAAGCUUUUGACAUAUCCACCGCUUUUUCGGCAGGAUGGUUCUCUGCAGUAGGCACUCCUCUYRAUCUAUAUWUUCUCCAAGAURAAGACSAUAUGAAGGGCAUGCUGUGCGAGGCGUGGAACAACGGUAUUUGUAAUGACGAGUUGAAUCAUGAAAAAAAUGGAUAUCGGUUUGACGGUGGCGACUGUUGCUCUGCUACGUGUUCACAUUCCAAUUGUGGAAUCAAUGCAAUCCCAGACCCAUUUGGUGGAAUGGGAAAUGCUACUGGACAUGGAUUUCCGAAUUGUCAGGAUCCAGACAUGGUUCCAAUCACCAUUCGCCUUGAUAAGUUCAGACAUAGGAAGGGUGCAGAACCAGAUGAAUAUACUGUCGCUCCUACCUUGAAGUUUCAGUGUGAGAACAAAAGUGUUUUAAUUGUUGAUUUGAAUCCAGAGAUGAUCAAUAUGAAUGAAAUUGUUCACGUCAGUGAUGGAGCAACGUGUACCAUUGAAAUUGAAAACAAGACCCAACAUUAUGAUCAAUCAAUCUGGUAUGUUGAUUUGGCAAUUUUUCAAGGGCACGGUAACAAUAUGGAUACAAAAAUUGCUGAGAUGAGCAGUUUUGAGGAGAGCUCAUUCACUUUCUUGACAAUUCCAAACUGCACAAUUCAAAAGCUUUCUGAUUAUUACACAAUUUCCGACAUACACAAUAAUACAGAUAACUCGUUGGAAACAACCAAAUGGAUGAAUGACGACAAAUCUGGAAAUUCAAAUUGCCACGAUGAAUUUUUUGCUGAAAGAUUAGCAUUGAAAAUGCUCGAGGAUAGAUAUAUAACUUUUGCACAAUCAAGUCCACAUUGUCUCUGGAAUGGAAUUGAGUGCUCGCAAGAAGGAGCCCUGGAAAAGAUCGAUUUAUGUGAGUUAUUUCAGUGUACAAUAUUUCACCAGCAUGUUGUGACUUCAAUGAUGCAUUUUUUUUGUUUCCUGAACACUCACCUUCGUUUGCCUCAAAAAUGCAACUGCAGACACCACAGAGAAGAUUCCUCUUCAAGUUGGUGCUCUGAAGAGCUUGAAAAUUCUGGAUUUCUGUGAGUAAUUAGUGUGCCCAGUGUUUCACC